AUGGACCGGCCACAGCUGAGCAUCUCUCCAGGUGGGCCGGACCGCGAUGGCGAGCAGGGAGCCCAACAGCCACCCCGCGGCGGGGCGCCAUACUUUCGGCGCACGUCGCUGGCCAUCGCCGCCGCCCGGCGGUUCACGCUAUACGAAACGCAGGCGGGCCAAGUACCCCCGACGCCCAUCCUCGUCGGCUCGCCCACGACCAUGUCGGCCGCUCCGUCCCCCGCAGUCGGGACCGGCCACUCGGCGUCGCGGCCCAUCUCGCCGCGCGUCGCGCGCGUCCAGGACCGCGUGACCGAUCCCGAGGCCCCACCCAUCGGCGUGACGUUUGGCGGCAUCAGCGUCGGCGGGACGGGCAUGUUUGGCGGCCGCGGAGCGCCCAGCGCCGCCAUGUACGCGUCCCCGCUGCGCGAGGAGGAGAGCGAGGACGAGGACGAGGGCGCGAGCCGCGCGGCCAUGGUGGCGCGAAUGGCAGGGGCACACCUCCACGACGACGAGAACACGCCGUUCCUCCGCCCCGGUAUGGGCUUUGGCGGGAACUCGGCGAGCGCGACGGGGUAUAAUGGCGGUGCCGGGGUUGGAGGGGUUGGAGGAGGGGUUGGCGGCCGCCCGCGGCCAGCGAGGAGGAGGAGCUCGGCCGCACCGCCGCGAUACCGCUGGCUGAGCGGCAGCGGGGUCGGCAACACGGGCGACGAGCCCGGUGUGGAUGUGCGCAGUGCCCGCGACCAGGAAACGUAUGCCCACCUCAAGGCCCGGACACAUGUCACUGUCGUCGACUACUCGUCCGACCCCGAUGCCGACGAUACCAACGUCCGCGUCGACUUUCCCGGCGGACGGCUCGCCCAGUGGCUGGCGAGCAGUGCUGGGCAGCGGCCGGUAGUCAAUGGAAAGCAUAUGGGCGUGCGCUGGAUCCACGUCGCAGGUCUCAACUGGGAGGUCAUCAAGACCCUCACUAUCAAAUUCCAACUCCACCCUCUGGCCGUCGAGGACGCCCUGCGCUCCAGCCGUAACCCGCGCAGCAAGUGUGAUUUCUACAAGACACAUCUCUACCUGCAGAUCCUCGUGCAGCACAUCCACGCCCCGGACCGCUUGGCGCUCGCGCGCGCCGCAGAGGGCUUUGACGACACGGAGUGGCCGUCUAGCAUUGCCGACGACGACGAGUUUCCCAUUGAGGGUCCUCGUCGUCGCAAGCCGUGGGCGUUUUGGAGGCACAGCGGAGAGAUCAGGCUGCCUGAAGGUGUCGACUCGGUGUUUGAGCCGAGCGUGCGGGACACCAUGGGACGGUCCAACGAUACAAAGAAGGGCGUGCAGACGGCCGCAAGUCGGAUCGCUAUUGACCAGCUCUCGGCGUCGUGCAUGGUUCCAAUUCGCAAGGGCGUCCUGAGCGUGUUCAUGAUGAAGGACGGCACGCUCAUUUCGCUGUGCGCGCACGAGAUCCACGAGGCCCUGGAGCCCAUCUACGAGCGUCUCGAGGACGAACACUCGCUCCUCCGCCGCUCGGGUGAUGUGAGCAUGCUGGCACACGCGCUGCUGGACGUCACCGUCGACCUGGCUGUGGAGAUUACGCAGGCGUUCGAGGAGGAGAUUCUCAAUGCAGAGUCCAAGGUGCUGGUCCAGGCCCAGCUCAACCUGGUUCGCCGUCUGCACAUCAUUCAGGCCCAGAUCACCCGCUUCAGGCGCCAGCUCUCAGGUCUCCUGCACGCAUGCUACAUCCUGCGUGAUCAGGAUGCACAGCGUGCCCAGGCAGCCGGAUCACUCACCUUGCCGCGCCGUGCUCGUCUGGUCAGUGACACCGCGUCCAUGGCUACCAGCGGCAACAGUUCUGGCGACACGACAGGUACAGGUACACCGCCCACCGCAUCGGCUUUGAGCAUGACGCCAACCAACGCACCGGCCAACCCGCAAGCAGGCAUUGUGGGCCCCAUCCCCGGCCACCAUAACGGACAUCUCCCAGACCACUGGACACCGGCCGCCGCAUCAGCCGACCCGUCCGCGCCACCAGGCCGUGAGAGCCUCGCCCCACCAGCGGCAUGUCCCACCCCGACGCUGGUGAAUGGCGUCAACCAGUCGCUCGGAUACUUCUCUCCCUUGGCAAAAGUGUACAUGAACGACGUGAUUGACCAUUUGGAGAUGGUCGUGUCCUCGGCGGAACAGUUUGUCGGCACUUGUGACCACUUGACCGACUAUGUCUUUAACGUGCUUUCGUUCCACACAAACAACUCGAUGGAGCGUCUCAGCAUCGUCACCGUCGUGUUCCUUCCGCUGACGUUCAUCGCCUCGUACUUUGGAAUGAACUUUACAGAGUUCCCCUCGCUCGAGAACCCAGACAGCUACUUCUGGCGCGUCGCCGCACCGUGCACCGUCGCCUUCUUUGUCGUCUUCAGCUACGGGUACAUUGCCCAGGCCCUGGGCAACACGGUGACAAAGCUGCAGCGCUACCGCCGCGAGAGGGACUUGGCUGUCGCGAUGGAGAAGUAG